AUGAACCCAAAACGCAUUCGCUCAAUUAACUGGGAUGAAGAGGAAAAGCGAUUACUUCGCAGUGUUUUAAGAGAUUACACGAAAAUAAUAGAAAACAAAUCUUUAAACACAAACACCAAUAAGAUAAAAACAAAAGCAUGGGAGGAAGUCCAUAAAAAGUUUAAUGAAUUGAAUUGCCGGCAACGCGAAUUGGGCCAGCUAAAAGUACAGUGGAAGUCCAUGAACGUGAAUGCUCGUAAACACACAGUUCACAUAAAAUUGAAACUAAUAAAAUGGGCGGUGGGAGCUGCUGAGGACCAUAAUCCAUAUGAUUCAGAUGGGCUUGUGCCAAUUUCAUCGAUAGACGAAGUAUUGCCAAGUGGUAGUGGGACAUGUGCCAUAAUAUCAUUGCAGAUUCAGAACCAACUACAUAUCGCACGCUUAAUCAUAUAC